AUGCUUUCCAUUCGACCAUUCUCCCUCGACCACCACCAUCAAGAUGUCGCUCAACACUUCCAGCACCAACCCUGUCUAACAGAGCAUGUUCUACUUCUGGCUCCGCAUCAUAUUUCUUGGUCUCGCUGGUCUACCGCUCGUGUCAUUCGUCGUCUUCGUGUGGCCGCAGAUCGUUUAAUUCGUCGUACUUUCUCGCAAGCGCAUAGUGAAACGGUCUCAGCCUUGUCCGCUCCUUCCUUCGCACUCCAAUCAAGUACCACCCACGCUCUUUGCUGCGACCUCCGUAGUCCUUUCAUCAUGUGUUAUGCGACUCGGCGCGGGAUCUUCACAUACGAUGAGGAGGACUCUCGAGUUGUUUCUGCAUCAUGCGUUUGCCUUGCUUCGGUGCUGAAAAUGCGCUUAUCAAUGCACAUCUUGUAUUCAGGGACAGUGUCCAAUCACAGUGUUCAUUCCGCAAGAGACUCUGGCCACUGGGUUUUACCUGACGAGCAUGGGUUCCUCCAGGCUUCACCAUUCACAUCGUUGCAAACCUCUCCGGCAAUGUUUAAUAUCCCAUCUCUCGCAUCGGACACUGACAUGGACGACACGUCAUCGGAUGAAUCUUUCAUGAAAUCCACUACAUUGACCACGCCGUCUACUCCCGGAUCUCUGACAAGCAUAGAUGACGAGGUACUGGAGCCAUGGAUCACGAACCGCGUUCCCCUCUCACAGUCCUCGUUAUUGCCGUGUGAGGGUAAAGGAUCACCUGGCUCAUUGGCUGAUGUACCUGGAGAAAGAGAUAUCACAGAGGAAGAUGAUAUCUGCGACGACAUCAUCAUGGAGAGGAAGAACCUCUUCUAUGCCUCAGUUUUUUUCGAACCGAUGGGAUCCUCACUCCCUUCCGUCGACAUCUCCACCUUCUUUUUCCAGGAAGAACAGUCACCGAUCUCUACUGCACCAUAUCAGAACGCGUCAUUACCCACCAUCAUCGUGACUUCAUCGGAUCCGUUUCUCAUGCUCGAGAGUGCCUCCGUCGACUCCGACUAUCUAUCCGCACGCGGCUCCGACUGGUACUACGGAUUCGAGCUUGACACUCGUUCAUAUACCAGGUCAUCUGGCUUCAAGCCGCUUGACAUGGCCCUAAGUAUCAUCGGCUUCAACUUGCACUAUUGGAUUCUUUGCACAUCGUUUGAUGCUCCACGCAUGAUCCUUCUGGCUGCCUUGCACUAUUCUCUAUUUGCACGAUUCUCAAACUAUUACUACACCCCUGUUCGAUACCGCCUACCUCUUUCCUGGGCUUCCUUGGAUGUCAAGACGGCCUGCCCUGCUUUUCACAGUGCUAUCAACCACACUAUCCACCAUGCUAUCCGCCACGCUAUCCACCAUGCUAUCCACCUCGCUGUCAAAAUUGCUGUCCAUCUUGCUAUCCAUCUUGCUAUCCACCAUGCUAUCCACCUUGCUAACCACCACGCUAUCGACUGGCUUUCCAUACUGCUUUCAACAUUGCCUUCGAGAUGCUUUCACCUUGCUUUCACACUCCUAUCCCUCCGCCCGUCACCUUUCUCCCUGCAUUGCUCCCGUACCCCAUUAACCUGCUUCUACCUUACCCCACGCUAUUAUUAUUCCUAUAGCCAUCCCACACAUAAGCAUAUCUACACCUUCUCCAUAUGCACACCUCGUCCAAUACUAUCCUUCCCUUUGCAUUGA